AUGUCGGGCAAGGAGGAGACUAUGGCGCAGCAGGGUGCUGCCGAGCAGCAGAAGCCCGAGGUCGCCAAGCCGGCCCAGCCGGUGGCCUUCAGUGCCCAGGAGGAUGACGAGUCUGAGGCGUUCUCCCCGCAGAAGCUGCUGAACCCGAAGAACCACGUCCAGAAGGACUGGCGCUUCCCGAGCACGAACAUCACGAAGCACUGCUGGGCGCGGUACGAGGAGUUCCACAAGUGCAUCAAGGAGCGCGCGGACGGCGAGGAGGACCCCCAGUGCAAGUGGUUCGCGCACGCGUACAAGGAGCUGUGCCCGACGGAGUGGGUCGAGCGGUGGGACGAGCUGCGCGAGGAGGGCGCCUGGCCGGGCAAGUACUAG